GGACGCUAAGCAUUAAACAUUGUGCUUGUACCACUUCCACGUCCCUGAGGUACCUACACGUAACAUAACCUUAGCGUUAGGUACUUUGCAUCCUUUUGCCUUGCGCCGCAACUCUCCAACUUUCCAACUCUCCAACUACCAACUACAAACUACGAGAAACAUAUCGAACCUACGACUACGAGCCGCAAAUCGGGAACCUCUUCAAGCGACCUGAUGGGCAGAUUGAGCUUGUUAUUUUUACUACGAAAUCCCAUCUCCUCGGAUUUAGAUUCCCAUAUCUGCGACUUGACAUCUUCUCGACAUCUUCUCUCGCAAGUUCCGACGGUGGUUGCGGAAAUACGGCGUCCUCAUGGCUUUUCAAAUACGGGAAUUCUAGAAGAAGCCCAACAUGUCCAGUCGGAGGCUUGGCGGAGGGAGGAUACUUGGUAGCGGGAAGGGUUUGGCCCCUCCAGCGCCUCCAGCCAUCCAAAGGGAGAGAGCUGCUAGCCCCUCCGCUCCGUCUGACAGCACAUUGUCCAUCGGCUCUCCCGCUACAUCCAUCUCUCCCGGCACCCCUAGCCCCUUGGCCAGCUUUGCGCAGGACCUGACCUCCAACGUUAGUCUAGGAGGGCCGAGUACUGGCGGUCAGUCAGGCUCCAAGCUUGUAUGUCCCAUAUGCGAGGAAGAGAUGGUGACGCUGUUGCAAUUAAAUCGUCAUAUUGACGAUGCCCAUCAGGAGCUACCUGAAUUCGAACAGGACGAAGUCAAGUCUUGGAUAGACAAGCAAGUCCUGAAGGCUAAGAAAUUUCAACCUCUCUCCCUUAUCAACCAGAAGCUUCGUGGCCUCGAAGUCUUCGAGUCCAACGAAUCGCUUCCACUCCCUGUCCCCGUCACCAGUAGGGCAAACAGGGCCCCCGUUCCCGAUUCGCCGCUAGAUCCCGACGAUAUAAUCACCAAAACCCAUUGGCAGCGACAGGGUCUAAAUGAUCUAUGCACCGACCCGGCUUGCGGGAAGAGACUAGGUGCCGUCAAUGGCAAUAUAAACUGUAGACAAUGUGGGAGACUAUUCUGCGAGGAGCAUACGAUGUACCAGAUGAAAUUGUCAAGGUCGGCCUCGCACGAACCUGUGAGGGGUUACUGGUAUCGCGUGUGUGAAACGUGCUACAAGUCGAGGGAAGGAUAUAACGACCACGACGGGCUGAUAAGGGAUCACAUACAAGAAUUUUCAGCGAUACGCAGGAAGAGAGUCGAUAGGCAAACCCUAGAGAUAUCGCGAUUAGAAAAGAGGCUUACCAAGCUGACUCAAUUGCUUGCUCACUUACCUGAAGAGGCGGGGGUAAGCGGUGGCACGGGCCUGCUAUCUCCCCUAGCCGCGCAGAGGAAUCAGCGGAAGGCGAUUGAACAAUCGGUUGUGACAUGGGAGGAUGACGGUAAGGUUCCGAAAUGCCGGUUCUGCCAGCAGGAAUUCUCCUGGACAUUCAGAAGGCAUCAUUGUCGAAUAUGCGGGCGGGUAGUAUGCGCAGAUCCCCAGACCAAUUGUUCGUCCGAAGUAGGCCUGAGCGUCACAAAUCCGUCUGUUCCUGUAUCAGAAAAACUAGGAAGGGAAAACUCUAUAGGUAUUGAUAUCCGCAUGUGUCGUGAUUGCAAGUCUACCAUAUUCUCAAAGCGGGACUUUGUGGAAUCUAUUGUACACAAACCGCCUGACCAACGGGCAUACGAGACGCUGAAGCAAUUUGAACGGGGAAUCCAGCUCAUAUUGCCUACCUUCCAGAAAGCUCUCUUGCCGCUGCAGGAUGAGAGUAACACACCAAGCCAUGCGCAGAUCCAAGAGGCGUCCAAACUCAGGAAGCGGCUCACCGACAGCUUUACUAAAUACGACGUGGCAGCGCGACGAAUCCGUGAUAUGAAAACGGAUAGCCCAGCACAACGGCAACUGCAGAAGGCCAUCCACCAAGCAGCCUCCGCGUUCUUGCAUAUGCAUAUGCUACCGCUUAAGAAUCUUCCGCGGAUGCUAAAACACAACAGCUCCAGCUCCAGUUCCGCUAAGAGCCGCCUGCUCGCCAAUGGCCACGUGGCGAGCCCGCUACGGAACGGCAGUGACAUGCUCGAGACGGCUAGCCAGACCAGUGAGGCUAGUACGGCAGUGUCUGCGUUGGAAACGGAAGAGAAAGAGCUGCGUGAGCGGUUGAUCGUCUUGGAAGAGCAGAAAUACAUGGUACAAGCCAUGAUUAGCGGGGCGCACGGCGCGAGGCGGUUCGAGGAGGUUAGCGCCCUAACGCGGAACGUUGAGGAGCUAGAGACGGAAAUCGAAAGCGUGAAAGGCAAGGUCACGGCUGUCGAGGAGAGGUGGCAGGGCUUCUACGCGAAUGGCGGGCCCGGUUUAAUCUUGUGAAGGGUCAUGCUUGAACUUGAACCAAUGCUUAUAAUUUAGAAAGGAAUCUAUUAAGGUGUAAUAACAGGGAAGAAGACUACCGAGGAAGACCUAACACGAGGCCGGACGUGAAAACAUGGCUCUCUUUCGGUGACGAAUUUGAAUUACUGCAUGGCAUUGGCAUGGCGUUGGUUGGAUAGAGGCUGCCUGGUAUCUAUCUACGAAGGUGCCGUUAUUUUUAAAA